AUGAAUGGACCUACUAUUGUAUCUAGUAGUGGAGGAACAAUUCAACUUGAAAGUGGUCUUGUUAUUGAAUAUGAUUGGUUGGUACUUUCUUUAGGAGCUGAACCUAAACUUGAUGUCAUACCAGGUGCUGUUAUGUUUGCAUUUCCAUUUUCGACCCUAAAUGAUGCUUGUAAAGUAAAUGAGAAAUUAACAAAAUUACAGCGUGAGAAUUUCGGUAAGAAAAAUACGAUACGUGUGGUGGUGGUUGGACUUGGUUACUCUGUUGUUGAAUUGGCGGCAAAAGUAUCAGAAAGACUAGUGGGAAAAUCUUGUGAUUUCGGAAGCUCUAUUGAAAAGUCAGAAGCUGUAGAAAAAGUUAAUGAUUCUGAAAAAGUAAUGGUUGAGGUGCAAGCUAAUGAAAAGGGUGCAAAAAGUCAAGUUUUAGAAGCUGAUUUGGUUCUAUCGAGUGUUGGGAAUAAACCUUUACUUCCUCAAUUGGAACCAAAUGGAUGGCCUUUUGAGCUUCCUGUUACGGGUAGAGGACAAGCAAAAACAGAUGAAACCCUUGAAGUGAAUGGGCAUCCGCGUAUUUUUUUUGUUGGUGAUUCUUCUGCUUUGAGAGACUCAAAGGGAAAAGUGCUUCCAUCUACUGCACAGGUUGCAUUUAAGCAGGCAGAUUUUGCUGGUUGGAACAUUUGGGCUGCUAUCAACAAUCGUCCUCUUUUGCCAUUUAGAUUUCAGAAUUUGGGUGAGAUGGUGGUCUUAGGGAGAAACAAUGCAACAAGUACACCAAGUUUCAUCGAGGGUAUAACAUUGAAGGGUCCAAUUGGUCAUACCGCUAGGAAACUAGCCUAUUUGAUCAGGUUACCUACCGAUGAACAUCAUGUUAAAGUUGGAAUCAGUUGGUUGGCAAAAUCUGAUGUUGACUCCAUUGCAACUGUGCAAAGUAAUAUCACCAAAGUCCUUUCGGGUUCUUAA